GCUAAAUCUAACCCGCUAAACGUGGAGCUAUCUGUCUGUAUAAGGAAUCGUUCUGACGUCUUCUUCGGUGAAUAACGCGAAAAACGAAAACCAGAGUUUUGUCUGACAAAUUCGGCAAUUCGAAACUGUAUAAUUCAUGGCAACUUCUGAAGGAAGAGCUUCAUUCGCUUCAAUUGCCAAUCUAGAAAGAGAAAAUAGAAAAUUUCACUACAAUGAUGACUACAGUGAUUCUGUCUGGGCUGUGUCUGAAGGUCAGAGUGCCUGUACAUCAGCCCCGAUAUCCGUGAAGCAAGAGUUUCCCCUCAAGUAUCCCCUUGAAUCUGAGGAUUUUCUUGAUGAAGGAUAUGAUUCAAGUGAAGAUCCUUCUAAUUAUGUGCAAAAAAAUACGACUCCUGAAGUGAAUUUAAAAAAUGUGUUGACUGGGAUAAUUGCCAUUUUGACUGGACGUAAUAAAGAUUUAAGUUCCAGUGGAGGUCAGCAAUUUUCCGGUUCAAAUGUUUCCUUUCUUGGGUCUGCAAAGAAUGGGGAUACUUUCUUGCAUUCCUCAGUUUACAUACCUAGUGCUCCGCCACUUCUUGAGCCGAAUGGGAUUAACUAUAGUGCUUACAAAGAGGUCUUGGAAGCUGAACCCCCAGAAUGGCUUCCCGACAGUUGUACGGCAGCUUGCAUGCAGUGCACUGCUCCCUUCACAGCCCUUACUCGUGGCAGACAUCAUUGUAGGUUUUGUGGAGGGGUUUUUUGUAGGGCAUGUUCAAAGGGGAGAUGCCUAUUACCUGUUAAGUUCAGAGAGAGGAAUCCACAACGAGUGUGCGAUACCUGCUAUGAUAGGCUCGAUCCCUUGCAAGGUGUACUCAUCAACACCAUCAGCAAUGCUGUGCAAGUUGCAAAGCAUGAUGUCAUUGAUUGGACAUGCACAAGAGGUUGGCUAAACCUUCCAGUGGGUUUAUCCAUGGAGCAUGAGAUAUACAAAUCAUGUGUUACGUUGAGGAGUUAUUGCCAGGUUACCCGGUUGAACCCUGAGAGGUCCAUACCCAUUGCAGUUCUGAAAAGGGCCAAAGGUUUGGCAAUUUUAACGGUUGCAAAAGCUGGGGCGCUCGUUGCUUACAAACUUGGGACUGGUUUGGUUGUUGCUCGAAGGUCUGAUGGAUCAUNCAUACCCAUUGCAGUUCUGAAAAGGGCCAAAGGUUUGGCAAUUUUAACGGUUGCAAAAGCUGGGGCGCUCAUUGCUUACAAACUUGGGACUGGUUUGGUUGUUGCUCGAAGGUCUGAUGGAUCGUGGUCUGCACCAUCUGCCAUACUUUCUGUUGGAUUAGGAUGGGGUGCUCAGGUUGGGGGUGAGCUUAUGGACUUCAUAAUUGUACUUCAUGAUUCUAAAGCUGUGAAGACAUUUUGUAGUCGCAUGCAUUUUUCUCUUGGGGCUGGUUGCAGUGCUGCAGCAGGGCCAAUUGGGAGAGUGCUGGAAGCAGAUGUUCGAGCGGGGGACAGAGGUUCUGGGAUGUGCUAUACGUACAGUUGUAGCAAAGGUGCAUUUGUAGGAGUUUCACUGGAAGGGAACAUUGUAGCAACAAGGAUGGACACUAAUCUAUGCUUCUAUGGUGAUGCAUAUCUCACCACAGGUGACAUCCUUCUCGGGGCGGUGGACAGACCAAAGGCUGCUGAGCCCUUGUAUGCUGCCCUUGAGGACCUUUACUCCAAACUUGGGUGUUAG